AUGGAGGCUUUUUUUGAUUUCAGGUAAUCAUCCUCAUCCACUCUAGUUAUUUCGAAGAUCUAAGAAAAAUUUGCUCACGGGAUACUUACAAAGAAAAAUUGAAGCUCUUUCUUUUUAAUCCAUAUAUGGAAUUGAAGGAGCAUCAAGAAACAGUCGAUCUCUUCAUUGAAUAUGUAAUGUAUUUCUCAUCUCAUCUAGGCCGAGUUGUCGCAAGAAUAUGGGAUCACUUUUGAACAUAUGGUCAAUCAUAACAUUGGCAUUAAAGAACCUUAAUUCUACCAUUACUUUUUCAAUAAACUCAAAGAAACAAAUUACAGAAAAGCUCUUUAAUGCAUUCAAAUGGCUAAGCAGUAUUAUUUUAUAUAUAUAAUUAUAAAAUAGAUUCUGCUACUCAAAUUUCGAGUAAAUAGAUAGCAUGAACAAAGAAUUGGAAAACAUCCUACUCUUUCAAUUUGAAUCCUAUUAUCAUUCUCAAAACUACUCCAAAAAACAAAUAGAAGAGAAACUCAAACUAUUUGAACUCAAGUUUUACUAAUCCAAAAACAAGAGAAUCUAAAUUCACAUCGACGAACAAUUCAGAAAAUUGGAUCUCAAAGCUAUCAUCCAUGAAAUUGAGUCAUUCAAAGAAAAUAAGUGCAAUUCCAAUGCAUCCACUCAAAUCCCCAUCUCUCAAUCCUAUCAACAUCUGAACCCUGAAGAAUCUGAUUUCAAUUGUCAACUAGAAUCCAAGGAAUUCAAACUACUCAAACCCAAAUUUCAAAACAAUCGCAACAACCUACAAAUAAUCACUCAAUCCCCUAAUUUCUCUAAUGAUAUUGCUCUUUCAGAAGAAAUCAACAAACUCACCCCAAUCAGUUCCUCCUCCACAUCCAGCAGGUACAUCUUUAAAAUCAACAACAAUUACAACAUCAAAUCCAACCAAUAACAAAAAUUAAUCAUACCCAUACCCACCAUCAAUCAAUAAAUCAGUCCCUUAAAAUAAUUCAGUCGAAUGAAGUACAAAAGCAUCUAGAAGCUCAGACAAUUAAUUUUUGAAGACAAUGUGUAAAGCUCUGUCAAAGAACCAUUAAUAUUUGAAUCACCUUAAUGA